UACAACAGAUCUGAGAUAUAACAUGUAUGUUUCAGGGAAAAGAAACAGAAAACAAACAAAUCGAAUACCUAGUUCAACUAACUUUGAUGAAUGAUUAACACUUUAUAUUAUAUAAGUGGAGUUUCGGAAAGCAAUUGUUAAGUUAGUUAGGUGUUUAAUGACUUUUUUUAAGUUGCUUCGGUCCAUUUAAAAUACUUGUAGCAAAAUAAAUUGUUGAUAUGGUUUCGACACGUAAGCGUAUUGCUGUUAUAAUAUGUGUGAUCGUUCUAUUAGUUUGUUUAUUAAGAAUAUUUUUCUGGAAUUCACCUAUACCAAUUUUGACAAACCAGCGGUACAACGAAAGCAAUGGAAGGCCUCCAGUACCCGUGGUUGUAAUGGUGUUUUAUGAGGCCCUAUGUCCGGACUCAAAGUAUUUCCUCACCAAGCAGCUGCUCCCAACAUUCAAGGUUGCUGCAUCAAUUAUGGAGGUGAAACUUGCGCCUUAUGGCAAGGCAAGGACAAACGAAUUUGAUGACAAAGUAUCUUUUGAAUGUCAGCACGGACCUGCGGAGUGCCAAGCGAACAUUUACCAUGCAUGUACCGCGAAGAUAAUAGAAGACCCGCUCCUGCGUCUACAAGUUGCCACAUGUAUGAUUAGAGAUAAUCGUUUACCUCAAGAUGCUAUGCAUAAGAAAACAACAACAUGAACAAAUUCGAUAUUACGAAGAAGAAGUUCCGGGAGAGCAGCACACGGCUGCAGCAAGAAAGACGAGCGGCGAGGCUAAUACUGGCGAGACCAGCAGGGGCGGGCAUACAGAUCAGGACAGCACCGACUCGCGGUGCAGGCUAGCUCUGCUACAAAGAGAAGAGCCGUCGCAACCAGAGGGUCAACAGACAGCCCGACCGCCAGCAAGAACGGCCGGGGCGACCGCUAGAGGCGAACGGAUCCAAAUCGCCCAUGUUCCCCGCAGGCCCCUUGAGGCAGUGGCCGACAGGAAUGUUCAGGAGCAACAGGUAGAACGGGCAAGGACACCGUCGCCAGACCGGGACAUCCUGGAGCUGCACCCGAAGGUCACGGAGGCACAAGCGGCGGAGGCACAGGCAGAGGGAGCAGCAGCAGGCCAUGAGACGGAGGCACGCCCAGACUCACAAGCACCACAAGCGGAGUUAUUCACGAACGAGAUGGGGUGGAUCUUACCAAGGGAUGCAACGAUGUCGGCCAGGGCGGUCGACGAGAUUAAAGAAAGAUGGAACAGAAGGAGAAAGGAAAAGCAGCAGAGCAUAUUGGUAAAAGACGAGCGAAAGACGUGGAAGGUUAUUUUUGGAAGGGGAACCCGAAUUACUAUAAGACACUUCGUGCCUUCUCAAGAGGGGGGGAGGUGUGGCGCUCAGGAGCGCACAGAAUAAACAUAAUAUAUAAGAAUAAACAAAUAAUAAACAUAAGCAGUAGUUAUAGAUUAAAAUAGUAGUAAAAUGCAA